UGGUAUAUAUUCAUUUACUGAGGCUGGAAGUGCCUCCCUCUGUGCCAUAGUCCUGACGUGUUCUGGACUCAGGGCAUUCUCUGACAUCAAGGACUACCUCCGUAGGGUAUUGACUCUGGAGAUGUUCUGCACACACGUGUGAUGCGAUUUUCAGGAGCAACACAUACGGAGCGCCCACAGCAUCCAGCAGGGACACAGGGGCACCUCUGAAAGUCCCACAGCACACUCUGGUCAAUUGCAGACAUUAUUUAGGCUAGGUGAAGUGACAUGCUGGCAGACACUGCCCUUGAAGCCACUACACUCUGCUUUGGCUGCACACACAGGGAGGGAUUUGAAUUUGCUGUCACUCUCAGCUCAGAGGGUGGGUAAUAAAACAGGAGCCAAUCAGCGGGGCUGUUUGAACUGUCCAAUCAGGUGGGCCCUUGCAAAGGGCCACGUCUGUGUCCUGGCGUGGAAGUCUGAACCGCAGCGAGGGGUCAGUUUUGAGCUGAGGAGCCCGCCUGGCUCCGUGACUGUCGCCUCCUCGAGCGGCGGGGGAGGCGCUCUGGGAGCCGAUGAUGGAGGCACUGACCUUUGAAGAUAUAGCUGUGAACUUCAGCAAGGAGGAAUGGGCUUUGCUGAAUCCAUCCCAAAAGAAGCUCUACAGAGAAGUGAUGGGGGAAACAUUUAUGAAUAUGGCUGCUAUAGGAAGAGCUUUGGAUAACCAGGAAGUUGAAGAAGAAUACAAAAUGUAUGGGAGAAAUCUAAGAAAUGAACAGGUAGCAAAAUGCUGUGAAUAUAAAGCUUGGAAUCAGUAUGAAGAAAUCUUCCUUUGGACUCCAGAUGCUAAUGUGGAUAUGAAACAAGCUGGUUUAAAACCAGCUGAAAGCCUUGCUUGUAGAAAGCCCCUAAUUGGGCAUUUGUCUCCAAAUGUGCCCAUCAUAGCUCACACUAAGGUGAAACCAUGUGAGUAUGUGGGAUUUGAAGCAAAGCUGCAUAGAUGUAAUAAAAAUGGAAGAACUUGUGAUUUCCAGUCCUUCCAGAAGCACACAAGGACAAAGGCUGGAGAGAAACCCUAUGAAUGCAAUCAGUAUGAGAAAUCCUGCUCUGAUCUUACUGAAAGAACUCACCUUAGAGAGAAGACCUUUGUAUGUCCGAAAAGAUUGGAAGCCUCUAGCACAUCCAAUGAUGUUCAGAUCCAUGGAAGAAAUCACAGUGAGGGGAAUCAAUAUGUAUGUAAAGAAUAUGAGAACACCUUUAUUUCACCCGACUAUAUUCAAGUAUGUGACCAAACGCAUGCUGGGGGGAAGCUCUAUAUAUCUGAGGAAUGUGGGAAAGCAUUGUCUCAAAGUAAUUCCUUUCACAGCAGUGUAAGUAUUCACACUGGGAAGAAACCAUAUGCAUAUAAGCAGUGUGGAAUAGCUUUUGGUACAGAGAGUCGCCUUGAAAGACAUGAGGGAACUCACACUGGGGCAAAACCAUAUGCCUGUAAGCAGUGUGGGAAAGCUUUCAGCACACGCAGUUGUUGUCGAAAACACGAAAGGACUCACACUGGGGAGAAACCCUAUGUAUGUAAACACUGUGGGAAAGCUUUCAGCACACGCAGUCAUUGUCAAACACAUGAAAGAACUCACACUGGGGAGAAACCCUAUGUAUGUCAGCAAUGUGGAAAAGCUUUCAGCACACGCAGUUGUUGUCAAAUACAUGAAAGAACCCACAGUGGGGAGAAGCCCUAUGUAUGUAAGCACUGUGGGAAAGCUUUCAGCACACACAGUCAUUGUCAAAUACAUGAACGAACUCAUACUGGCAAAAAACCGUAUGUAUGUAAGCAGUGUGGGAAAGCUUUCAGCAGAUAUGGUAAUUGUCAAACACAUGAAAGAACUCACACUGGGGAAAAACCAUAUGUAUGUGAGCAAUGUGGAAAAGCUUUUAGCAUACGCAGUCAUUGUCAAACACAUGAAAGAACUCACACUGGGGAGAAACCCUAUGUGUGUAAGCAGUGUGGGAAAGCUUUCAGCACACACAGUUGUUGUCAAGUACAUAAAAGAAGUCACACUGGGGAGAAACCCUACAUAUGUAAGCAAUGUGGGAAAGCUUUUAGCACACACAGUCAUUGUCAAAUACAUGAAAGAAGUCACACUGGGGAGAAACCCUAUGUGUGUAAGCAAUGUGGGAAAGGUUUCAGCACACACGUUAAUUGUCAGACACAUGAACGAACUCACACUGGGGAGAAACCUUAUGUGUGUAAGCAAUGUGGGAAAGCUUUCAGUACCCAGAGUUACUGUAAAAUUCAUGAAAGAAGUCACACUGGGGAGAAACCCUAUGUAUGUAAGCAAUGUGGGAAAGCUUUUAGCAUACAUGCUAGUUGUCAGAUACAUGAAAGAACUCAUACUGGGGAGAAACCCUAUGUGUGUAAGCACUGUGGUAAAGCUUUCAGCACACAUGGGCAUUGGCAAAGACAUGAAAGAAUUCAUACUGGGGAGAAACCCUAUGUAUGUAGGCACUGUGGGAAAGCUUUUAGUACACAUGUUAAUUGUCAAACACAUGAAAGAAUUCACACUGGGGAGAAGCCUUACGUAUGUAAGCAAUGUGGGAAAGCUUUCAGCAGACAUGGUAAUUGUCAAACACAUGAAAGAAGUCAUACUGGGCAGAAACCCUAUGUAUGCAAACAGUGUGGGAAAGCUUUUAGCCUACAUGCUAAUUGUCUAAUACAUGAAAGAAGUCACAGUGGAGAGAAACCCUAUAUAUGCAAGCAAUGUGGGAAAGCUUUCAGCAGACAUGGUAAUUGUCAAACACAUGAAAGAAGUCACACUGGUCAGAAACCCUAUGUAUGUAAACAAUGUGGGAAAGCUUUUAGCCUACAUGCUAAUUGUCAAAGACAUGAAAGGACUCACAGUGGGGAGAGACCUUCUAUAUGUAAGCAGUCUGGGGAAGCUUUUACCACAAGUAGUAAUUGUCAAACACAUGAGCUUACUGGGGAGAAACCCUUUGCAUGUAAGCAAUGUGGAAAAUGAUUUGCUACUAAGUCCUCACUUAAUAGAAAUAAAAGAAAUCUCCUAAAGGAAAAAUGUUGUGCAUGUAAACAAUGUGAGAAAGCAUUCAUUAGUAGCACAUAUUAUCAUGUACAUGAAAGAGGUUGCACUGAGGAGAAACUAUAUAUGUAAACCUAUUUGAAACUCCUGUGAAAAUUUCCCAUGUAGUGGAGACCAGUAGAAGUAAUUGCUAAGAACAGUUUUAUGUCACUAUUUCUUCAUAACUAUUUCAUAAAAUACAGUCUGAAACAGAGAUAUCCUAAAAUGGAAAUGUUUUUCAGUAAACUAUAAAUGUCUUGAUUAUAUAUCUUUAAUGUUUAAUAUAAAAAUAUGAAUUGACAUAAUUAUGUAUUUUUGUGUCUUUGAGCUUAAUAUAUAUUUAAUUAUAUAUAUGUCUUUUAAUUAAACAUGGUGAAUUUACAUGUAUGUUUUACUUACAAGUAAAAUAAUUAUGUACUUUUUUUUAACAAUUGGGUGGCAUUGCCCACUAAAAAAU